AUGAAUGUGAGCAGAGACAAGGUCGGUGACAUCUCCAUCCCGGCAGCGGCAGCCGCGGCGGUGACAGCCCCCGCAGCCGGCAUCGGCGGGGAGCCCCGCGGCUGCCACGGGGAAGGGAUGGACGGCCGCGGGGAGCAGCGGCUCUCGGCCGGCGGCGAGCUGCCUCUCUACUGCCCUGCCAACCGGGACAGGCAAGGGGACAGCCAGAGCAACACCCCCGGACAAGAGGGGGCAGUGGCCGCGCUGCCCAUGGUGCACAGAACCACCUCCUUCUCCGUGCUCGACAUCCUGGACCCUAACAAGUUCAACAGCAAGCGGCGGCAGUGCGCGGGCUUGUACAAAUCGGUGGGGACCGAGUUCACGCUGGGGGCGGAGGAUAAGCCCGAGGACUCAGGGACGGAGCUGGCCGAGCAAAAGGUUCUCGCCGAAGAUUUCGACUCGUGCAAGAAAUCCGCAGAGCUGAUCAAGGACGGGGAGCUCUACAAGGCCGAGGAGUGCGACCUGGACUACAGCAGCCGGCCGAGCCGCAGCCCCGACAGCGAGCUGCCGGACGACGAGGAGCUGUGCAGCGAGGAGAGCGGCAGCACCAGCAGCAGCAGCGGCGGCAGCUCCGGACCGGCGGCUCUCGGAGAGACCGACCCGGGGCCGCUCCGCGCAGAGCCGGCCGAGCCCGGGGGUGUCCCGGCCCCACCACCCCCUCCGCCGCCCCCCCCGCCGCCCGUCGGGGCGCAGCCCGGCCCGCAGGCCAAGCCCAAGAGGAAGCGGACGGGCUCGGACUCCAAGUCGGGCAAGCCCCGCCGGGCGCGGACAGCCUUCACCUACGAGCAGCUGGUGGCGCUGGAAAACAAGUUCAAGUCCACGCGGUACCUGUCGGUGUGCGAGCGCCUCAACCUGGCGCUGUCGCUCAGCCUCACCGAGACGCAGGUGAAGAUCUGGUUCCAGAACCGGCGCACCAAGUGGAAGAAGCAGAACCCCGGGGCGGACACCAGCGCGCCCACGGGCGGGGGCGGCGGCGGCGGGGCCGGGGGCGCGCUGGGCGGGGGGGCUCUGCCGGGGGGGCUCAGCCCGCUCAGCCACUCACCGCCCAUGGGCGCCCCGCUGUCCAUGCACGGCCCCGGCAGCUACGCCGGGCACCCGGCCGGGGGGCUGGUCUGCGCCGCGCAGCUGCCCUUCCUGCCCAGCCCCGCCGUCCUCUCGCCCUUCGUCCUGGGCUCCCAGACUUACGGCGCACCGGCUUUCUACACCCCGCACCUAUAA